CUCACUCUACUGGACCAAUAGCCCUCUCCGGCUCUCCUGCAUCCUCCGACCCCCUCCAUCUCCCGCCUGCCGGCGAGGGGCGACAGUAUAUCCAUUUUCAGGUUCAGGAGGUAUUAUCGUUCUGGAUGGGACAGGGACUGAGCUGCGCCGGCGCCAGCCACGACCACGACUUCUUCGCCGCAGUCCAAGGCGGUGACUUGGGCGCCGUGGAGUCAUCUCUCACUGCCAACCCUUACAUUCUCUCACGGACUACCAUAUACGACCGCCUUUCGGCUCUCCACAUCGCCGCCGCCAAUGGGCGCGUCGAGGUGUUGUCGGCUAUCUUGGAUCGAUCUGUCGAUCCUGAUGUCGUGAAUCGGUCUAAGCAGACUCCGUUGAUGUUGGCUGCAAUGCACGGGAAGCUCGCCUGCGUGCAGAAGCUCCUUGAAGCCGAGGCAAACAUCUUAAUGUUUGAUUCGUUAAAUCGAAGGACUUGCUUGCAUCAUGCUGCUUAUUUUGGUCGCUCCGAUUGUCUCCGAGUGAUUCUCUCAGCGGCCCAAACCGCACCUAUUUCUGAUUCAUGGGGAUUUUCUCGGUUUGUAAAUGUGAGAGACGGCAAUGGAGCCACCCCUUUGCAUCUGGCAGCAAGGCAGAGACAACCAGAUUGUGUGCACAUUUUGUUAGACAAUGGUGCUCUUGUCUCCUCCAUUGCUGGUGGAUAUGGAUACCUUGGGAGCACCCCUUUGCACUUAGCAGCUAGGAAUGGAAGCUUGGACUGUAUUCGUGAGUUGCUUGCAUGGGGAGCUGAUAGGCUUCAGAGAGAUUCAUCAGGAAGAAUACCUUAUCUUGUUGCACUCAAGCGAGGCCAUCAAGCAUGUGCAGCUCUGUUGAACCCAUCAGCAGCUGAACCUCUUGUAUGGCCAGCACCAUUAAAGUUCAUCAGUGAGCUUGACCCAGAUGCAAAGGCUCUGUUAGAGGCAGCUCUAAUGGAGGCUAACAGGGAAAGGGAAAAGAAAUUAUUGAAGGCAACAUCAUGUUCCUUGCCAUCUCCCACACAUUCUGAUACAGAUGCUGAUGAGAACACUAUUGAGGAGAGUGAUAUCAAGCUCUGUGAUAUCUGCUUUGAUCAAGUGUGUACUAUCGAGGUCCAAGAAUGUGGCCAUCAGAUGUGUGCUCAUUGCAUGCUCGCACUCUGCUGCCACAACAAUAAGCAGAACCCCAUGAAUCUGUGUAUAUCAUCACCAACCUGCCCUUUCUGCCGCAGCAGCAUCAUACGUCUGGUAGUUGCAAAAACUAAAGCCAAAGACAAGGAAGAUAAAGAUGCCAUCUCCAAGCUUAGCAGAUCAAAGAGGCAUAGAAACUUAAGUGAGGGAAGUAGUAGCUAUAAAGGCUUGUCCUCGGCUAUCGAGUCGAGUGCAAAGACGAGUUGUGCUGCAGGAUGCCUCCCUGAUAGCAAUGUCAAUGUGGAUAAACCCUUAGACAUAUAGCUAUGACUUCCUUCCCUUUUCAUGCUCAUGGAAUUCUACAUCUGCAAUGGUAUAUCAUCGUUAAAUUGAAUUGCAAACUCUCUGAUGCCGAACUUACUGCUGGUUAGAUCGCGUGAAGAUUGAAGCCAGUGGUUCAUCAUUAAGACAUGCCGCUUAUGCUUCUGAGGUAAGUACAGAUGGAUUCACUUGAAUGUUUCAUAAGCUACUUCAACCCUGUCAAUGUUCUUAUUUAGGAAGAAGUGUGAAGGUCUGGCUAUCUACAUUGAAUUAUGAUGCUUUCUUAUUAAUAAAUUUAUCAAUU